AUGGAGCGCCUCACAUCUGCCACCACAAUGAUAGAGGAACAUUUACAGCCUUAUUCAAUCCUGUCAUUGUGCACCGACAGUCAUUGUGCAUCAAGAGUGUCAGCAAGUGUCUAUCUCGAUGAUGAGCACCCAGAACGCACUAGGCAGGGCUCCAAGCUGGAGCUCAAACCUAUGGAUAUGAAGUUUUACAGCAAGGCAGAUCAAAAAAAUACUGAGCACACUCAUAAACUCAUCAUCCUGGACAUGCUGCUGGAGAGUGGGUGGCAGAAAACAAGCAAACUUGAACAAGUUGCUGCAGAGUGCAUUUUGCAAGCAUCUGCCGUGUCUGGUCACAUCACUGAGCAUGUGGAAGGCAUCAACAAACUUAUUUUCGACGGACUAUUGAGUAUCAGAGGGAAACUUGUGAAUGAAGCAGAACAAGUCCUCUCAAACCUAAAUAUUUACCCACCUGACGACAGCAGGAUGACCAAUGAUGAGAAAAAGGAACAUAUCAGACAGCACGCGGCCGAUUUACUUGACAACAAGAACAUUUUGGAAUAUGCCCUUCACAGCUAUGACUCUGACAGGGGAAAAACCCUUGUUUAUUCAGCACCUGCCUUCCUUGACCUACACGAAGAUUUUUGGUUUGGUCAAAAUUCACCAUUCCUCGACCCGCAGUCAAGAGCACUGAUCUCAUGCAUAUCGUGGCACAUGUAUACACUGAUGGGUGCUGCAAUAAUGUGUGUUGUUCAUCGUGCAUUGGAAGGUCAAUUCUUGGGGAGUGGCAGAAAAAUAUUCCAAUUCACUAUGGAAAAUUUUUCAGGGGCCGCAGGAGGAAUUCGCCAAGCCAUGAUGCAAUAUGUGGCUAAUCCCAAGUUAGAUGAGUAUGAGUUUAUGCCCUACAUGCAGGCACACCAUACCAUGAUAAACACUUAUGAAAACUAUGAACUCACAUGGGAGAAAUGUCCCCAAUGA